AAAGUUUGGAAGAAAAACAAGAUGGCGGACGAAAACACGACAGUUGCGAUUACUUAGCUGUAAAACUCACCGAUAUAUAGCCAUGACGCUUACAAGGACUUGAGAAAAUGGCAGGGAAAUGCCAAGAAAUAUCUGUUUCCUUGAUUGCGAGACGAAAUUUAGCGAUUAGAAAAGAUAGAUCUGCAGAUGACACAGCUGCUGAAUUACUGAAGUUAACUCAUGUCCGCCUGGACCGUGAAAAGAUAAGUGAAAUUGACAACUUGGAUUGCCUUGGGCCAGUCACAAAUUUAUAUUUACAGAAAAAUGAAAUUACAGGAAUAGAAAACCUUGAAGUUCUUCCUAAAUUGAGAUUCUUGACAUUGGCUGAAAACAAGAUAAGCAAGCUGGAAAAUCUGAAAAUGCUCACUAAUUUAAAGUUCUUGGAUCUCUCAGACAAUAGCAUUGAGAAUUUUGACGCAGAAGAGUUACCAUCAAGUUUAGUGAUAUUACUUUUGAAAGGGAAUCCCUGCACUGAAAAUGCAGAAUACAAGAAGAAAUUACUUGCAGCCCUUCCUUCACUGAAGCAGCUUGAUGGCAAUGAGGUAACAAGACAGGACAGAGCAGAAGCUGGAUGUGACGUGGAAAGUGAGUCUGAUGAAGAUAGUGACGAACAAGAAGAAUAUGGAGGAUCAGACCUUGACAGAGGAAAAGAAAAAAAAGGUUCUCUCCAUCAGCACUGUAAUGAUAUACUGGUACGAGCCAAAAUAAGAACAGUGAAGGAAGAAAAAGAGCAUGAGAGGAGAAUGGAAGAACUAGCCACCCUUAAAGAUCUACAGUCACAAAGGACAUCAAGCAGAGUUCCAUCCAGGUCAUAACUAAAGAUUUGAUAAUUGUUUGAGUCACAAAGAAUGCACACAAACCAUUCACCAAGCGAGUUGAAGAUUGAGGCUCCUGUUUUAAAUGUUGACUUAUUUUUCUGUGAACACCAAGAACUUGGCUCUCUUUUCUUUCAUUUGUAACAACCAAAAAUGUAGAGUGAAUCAAGGGGUCAUAAUACAGCCUAAUGAAGUUGAGAAAAAAACCGAAGACAUUUAAGUUUUUUCUCCAGUCUUUGUAUAUAGGCAAGGUGAACAUACAAGCACCACCAAAUAAAAUAAAUAUGAUUGCAUACUGUGAUCAUACUGAUUGGGAAAGUCCUGAAUAGACCCUAUGUUGCUAAGGGCUUGUCUACCAUUUUGACAGUGAGAGAGGAAGUCAUAAUUUAAGUCAUCGUCAUCAUUGACUCUGACAAUUAAUAAUUGCUUGGUUUAUUUACUCGGUCACUGUCAUGGUAGCCUGUUCAAGGCAUCUACUAAGUCAAACGGAGCAAUGAGGAAAGUUGGGUGGUAUUGUGAAAAGGAUGUUUGAUAUGAAACCCAACCCAAUGCUCCCUCGCUGUUUUGCUCCUCUGAGACUGUUGUGCCUGGAAUAAGCUACUGCCAUUGUGAACAAUUUUCUUCCAGACUACUCUUACCCAAUAUGGGUAAGAGUAAAAUAAGGGCAAUAUGUAAUUAACUGUUUCUCCAGAGGUUAAACCAUUUACAGUGUGCUAUACAAAAUAAUUAGAAGCCAACAGUGAGUUAAGAAAAUUAAAAUUUGCUUACUUGUGUGGUUUCGCACAAGUGUCUCUUUUAUUCUGUAAAAUGAUAUUACACUUUUUAUAAUACCUCCAAAAAUGGUAUUUAACAUUUAACAUUGUAUAAUUUUCAUAAUAACAUUGAAACUUGCAAAUCUCAACCAGUGACUCCUAUAAUGAGAUUCACUUACAACAUAAUUUUUGGGCUCAAGCAUUUUGUCAAUAUACAUUUUUUCAAGAAUGGAAUUUUUUUCUUGUCCACUACAAUAUUUGUUUACUGUAA